AUGGGGGGUGGGGGGCGAAUCUUACAUGAGGGUGUCCGUACCUUCAGAAACUUUAACCAAAGUCGUGUUUGGCUGCUUGUGGCAGUGGUUCAGCAGCAGCAUUGGCUAUUUUUCCUAAGAGGACAGCUUCCCCUUCCCCUCCCAGGUCUCUCGGAAUCCUCUCUCCGUUGCUCCCAGGACAGCCCUGGGGCAGGUAGAAUCCGGCAUGAACUUUGCCCGCCUCCUGCUCUGCCAGACCCUGGACCCCGGCGCCCACCCUUCAACUUGGUUGUCUCCAGCUCAGACACAUUCCGGAGGUUCCCAGGGCCAUGCGUGGUGCCUGCCAACAGCCCUGUGUUUGUGGAGGCCUCCUUGGCUCAGCCCUCUUCCCGAUGGGGUCUUUUUUUGCACCGAUGCUCCCUGUCACCCUCCUCCGACCCGACCCAGGGUUCUCCACUCCUGCUGCUACUAAGAGGAGGCUGCCCAGCUGAAUCCUCUGUCUCCUUCCACCCCCCACCCCCUGGGUCCCUGCCCCAAACCAGGCUCAGCUUCCGCCUGCGCCCUAUCUUCAACGCCUCUGUGCAGUUCCUACAUUGCCAACUGGGACUCUGCCGCCGACGGGGCGCCCCACGGAGAGGCCCUCGAAGUGCCGACCAGCCCCCUCGGUGUCUCUCCCAGGACGAAGCCUGCACGGGCAGCGGGAGCAGAGAAGAGGUCGUUGGGGAAAGCCCCCAUAUCCACACCCUGUCCCAGCCCAUCAUUGUCACUGUGCCGCGGCCCCUCCACAGACCCCCUCGAAUUCCCCCCAAUCAGCUGCCCAGAAUCCUUCAUCCCGAGCCGCAAGCCCCGGCUUGCGGGGGGCUGGACCCGGCCCCGGUUGUGGCCAUCGCUGUGUCUGCCUUCGUCUUGGGGGCUGCCCUCACUGCCGGCUUGGGGCUGAUCUAUGUCCACACAGCUCCGCCUCCACCCAGGGCAGCCCCCAGCGGAUCUCCAAGCCCCUCCCCAGCCUAGGAGGCCCCAGGGAGAGCAGGUAUCUGGGGGACACGACUUGGGGGGAAGGAGCCCCGGUUCUGGUGCAUUUAGUCUGUGGCUUGAUGAGGAGGUGGUCCUGAGAGAAGCCUUUGGUAACGAACGGGGUGGAAGGAGCUUUGAGUCAGGCGCUGUGGGUCCACGUUCCAGCCCUUCCACGUAUUAGCGGGAUCCUUUUUCAGAACCUUAUUCACUGUAAAACGAAGGGCUUCCGUUACUGAUCUCUAAUCCAUUUACAAAAUUGCCUUACCUUCGGUCCUUCGUAUCAAGUCUAAGAAUAAAGAGUGACAAGGGCUAGGCAACUGGGGUUAAGUGACUUGCCCAGGAUCACACAGCCAGGAAGAGUCUUGAGGUCAAAUUUGAACCCAGGUCCUCUGUACACCAGGCCUGGCUGUCUAUCCACUGGGCCCCUAAUUCACUUCUAAAUCCUGUCAUUCUAUGAUAGCUCUGCUGCCAAGUCCUGGUCCUACAAAGCCUGGCAGGAGCCAAGUUCCUCUCCUUCCCUGGUAGAAGCACUACUACCUCCAUGGCUCUCUCUACCUGAGAUCUCCAAACUUGAAAAAUAAACCUGAAUUUCCUGCA